AUGAUGGAAAAAACGGAACAAUUACACGAAAAAUCUUCUUUACUUAAUGAUCGUCUUGAAACAUUCAGUCUUGUAUGGAUCAGAAAUGAAAUAGACAAAAUUGAGCAACAUCAAAAUCAUGAACAAAAACUACGUACAAUUAUUAAUCAUUUAAAAAUAUUCGACAAUAUUGAACAAUGUCAACAAUACUUUCAAGUUAUAUCAAAGGAAGAUCGUUUUGUUGUUAUUAUCAACGAUAAAUUAAGUCGUGAAAUUGUACCAAUGAUUCAUAAUCUUAAUCAAGUAUCUUCGAUUUAUGUCUAUUGUUCUGAGGAAAAAAAACACAAAAAAUGGAGCAAAGAUUUUUCAAAGAUUAGAGCAAUAACAAAUGAUUUUGCCGAAAUUCUCAUUCGAAUUGAAGUCGACCAGAAGAUACGAAUGAAAAUAGAAGAACCAUUACCGAUAAAAUCAUUGAACGGUGACGAUGAAAAUAAUUUAUCAAUAACAAAACUCGAUAUUUCUUGCAUUAAUUUUCAAAUUCUUAUCGAUAUUCUACUCCGAAUACGGUCAAAUGAUGAAGAUAUAAAUGAUCUUCUGCAUUUCUGUAAAAAAGAAUACAAGGGUAAUAAGAGUCAUUUAACUAUGAUUCGUGAAUUUCAACAUAACUAUUCAGCUAAUGCAGCACUAGAUUGGUAUAUUCAUAGACCAUUUCUACAAAAAAUUUUGAACAAAGCUUUUCAAUUAGAAAAUAUCGAUAUACUCUAUGUGUUUCGUCCGUUUAUUCGAGAUAUUUGUCAUCAAUUAAGACAAAAACAAUAUCAAUCACCUGUUCGAACAUACAAAGGUCAAUUGAUGUCGAAAACUAAAGUCAAUCAUCUGAAAAAGCUAAUGGGCAAAUUAAUAUCUGUAAAUACAUUACUGUUAACAAGUACCGAUAAACCAUCAGUUGUACAUGAUUUAGAAGAAACAACUCCUUCGAAUAAUAUGCAAAAAGUAUUGUUAGAGAUUGAUGCCGAUCCUCGAGCAGAUAUUUCGAUACCAUUUGCACAGGUUAACUCGAAUAAUGAUAGAGAUAAUGAUAAAGAUAUAUUAUUUAUGGUUGGCUCAAUUUUUCGACUUGUGAGUAUCUUUUAUGACAAAGAAAAACGAUGCAUCAUUCGAAUGACAUUAUGUAAUGAUAAUGAACCAGAUUUAAAACAAAUCUUCGAAAAUAUGAGAAACGAAUAUGGUUAUGGAGAAACAAAUCUUCUUGCAUUAGGAAUGAUAUUAAGAGAUAUGGGUAAAUUUGAUUUAGCUGAAAAAUAUUUAUUUCGUAUGCUGAAAAAACUUCCUUUAAAUGAUCCUUUACUCGAUGCUUUAUAUCCAUCGCUUGGUUUAGUUGCAAAAGAUAAAGGUGAUUAUGAUAGAUGUUUACAUUGGUAUUGUAAAUCAUUGAAAAACUAUAUGGUUACGCGUCCAUAUGAUUAUCUCACCAUUGGUGAUACAUACAAUACCAUUGGAACUGUUUAUCAUGCAUAUAAAUGUCAAUAUGAUAAAGCACUAAAUUAUUUUAACAAAGCUGUUUUACUAUUGAAACAAUUCGAUGCUGAAAUGCAUCCUAUGAUGGCUAAGCUUUACGAUAGUAUUGGUGCUGUUCAUGAAGAACAAAGAAAUUAUUCCGAAGCACUUAUAUACUAUCAAAAGUCGCUUAAUAUCAAGAAAAAACAUCUUACUAAUAAUCAUUUUGACUUAAUUAUUUCAUACAAAAACAUUGCUGCAGCUCAUGGAUACCUUGGAUCCUAUGAUACUGCGAUAGAAUUUUAUAAAAAAGCACUCGAAAUUCAGAUGAAAAAGUUUUCAUUACAACAUCCUGAUAUUGCUUUAACAUAUGCAAAUAUGGCUGCAGUUUACGCUGCUAAAAAUCGAUCGCAACAAGCAUUAACCUAUUGGCAUAAAGCAAACGAUAUUUUUCAAACUACUCUAUCACCGCAACAUCCAUUAAUUGUUAAAAUUGAAGAGGAAAUUAAAAAUGCUUCAUCGAAAAUUACCAACAAUGUUUCACCAAAAAUUACUAACCAUGUUUCGAUAAAGAAGCCAGGAAAAAAACGCGUAAUAGUAACUUGA